CACUAUUUACCUUUCUCCGUUUUCCUCUGCAUCGCCUUCCUCGUCAUCUCUGCGUCCGUCAGUCUCUCUCUCACCACCUCAUAAUCGGACGCUGUUGUCAUCGCUUCGAUGGAGAGAUGCGCGUUUGUUCCAGAGAGCUGUUGACGUGCCACUCCUGCACAUCUGUGAACAAAACUGUAGUUCAGGGGGUCCAGAUGGCAGGCAUGAGGGGCCCGGCCUGCACUGGAGUCUGGCUCUAGAGUCCACAGGGGCUCCCACUUCAACUGGAUACAUUCCACAGGACUUGUGCCCAUGAGGUCGUCACCACUGGUCCUGCUCCUCCUGAUUGGCGUCCAGGCUGUACAGAACAUGGGAGGUGGAUUGGCCCAGUGUGCCGGGGCAGCCAACCACAAAGUCGGACAGCAGACGUCAGCCAAUCACAGAGCAGGACAGCAGCAGACAGCAGCGGGGGACCUCCUCUCUGAACACCAUUCUUCACAAGAGCAUCAUAGGACCAGCCACCACAGGACCAAGAGGCCCCAUCGGGCAGCUUCAUACACCCAGGAUAAGAGUCCUGUCGUCAGGCAAUCUACGUCGGACUCCCCCCCAGACCCCUUCAACCCAGUAGUUGACCCCAAGCUCUUCUCCAAGAGACAUUACCGCUCCUCGCCCCGUGUUGUCUUCAGCGAGGUGGUCCCAUCACACGAUGCCCUGGAAGGUGAGGGCGAUGACAUUGAAGGGGGGAGGGGGGGGAGGGUAAGACGCAGAGCAGGAUCGCAUGCCAUGCACCGAGGAGAGUUCUCAGUGUGUGACAGCAUAAAUACCUGGGCGGGCAACCUGACACGAGCCACAGACAUAGCUGGGAAUGAGGUGGAAGUGCUGCCCUAUGUUAAAAUCAACAACGUGGUGAAGAAACAGUUCUUUUUUGAGACUACCUGCCGGUCCCCAACGCACAGAGGCUCCGGGAAUGCAAACGGGGGAAGGCCAGGGGGGCGAGGUGGCAAACAGGGCUCCAGAUCAGGCACCUCGGGCUGUCUCGGCAUCGACAGUCGCCACUGGAACUCCUACUGCACCAACACACACAUAUUCGUGAGUGCCCUGACCCUCUUCAAGGAACGGACAGCCUGGCGUUACAUCCGCAUCAACGCUGCAUGUGUGUGUGUUCUCAGCAGGAAGUCUUGGGCGGGACGACUCAGGCACUGACUGGGGGGGACGACUCGUGACCACGGAACUAUGAACCAAGCACAUACAUUUCUACUAAACAGCCACUGCAGCUUUAUUGCCAAUACUGUAAUCCUCUUUCCCACUUCCACACAUAAACACACACACUUACACACACAUAUACACACAGAAACAGUUUCAUCUGUCCAACCCUUUGGCCCCUGACCCUACCUCAGUCGGAGAAGUCCUGGUUGUUUUAAGUUAUGAGGACUGCAUGUCAUAUUUAUAGUUUAUACAGUCAAAUAUGAAAAUAUAUACAGUAUGUGUAUAUAUACAAAAUGAAUUCAAGCUUUUAAUGUUGUUGUUAUUGUUGUAUUGUUCAUGCUGUUAUUUAUUAAACACCUCAGUACUUG